CAAGUAUCGCUGUGGACGAAUUUUUCAAUGCGACUCCCUCGAUAAUAAAAGCCAAGCCGUACAGUUCGAGGACCUUCGACCAUGUCUCUCCUCAGCGUCAGAGUGAAGAAGGCGCGGUUUAUCUGCGAGGAAGCGGAGGACUUCAAUUCGUACGUAACGCUGAAACUACAAAAUGUAAAGUCAACGACAGUCACCGUGAAGGGGGCCAAUCCAAGUUGGGAGCAAGAUUUCUUAUUCGAAACAAACGAUAUGCACGCUGGCCUGCUAGUAGAAGUUUGGUGCAAGGGAUUUCUCUGGGAUCGUUUUCUCGGUUACUACUUCAUCCCACUUUCAGAAGUGACCUACAUGAACGAGGUAACGUCAAAUAAGACUUACGAGACAUCGACGUUAAAGCAAGAACAACGUGUAUCGUCAGAUAACAACAGCAACACACAACCACUCGACGACACUCCGACGGAGGGUUCUGGACAGUGGGUCGCCUUGGAUUCCGAGCUCGAAAUGAGGGGUGCCGAAAUCGUUGGCACAAAAAAGCCGACCGGUCAUUCUCUUCUAAUAGACUGUCGAUUGGAACGACCUUUCGGAAGGUGCGAUCGACGAACUGGAUGGAAAGCCCUGCUAACGAGCGAAACAGCAAUGCAGUUGCGAGCAGCUCGGCCCAUGUGUGGCUCAGACCCGGAGAACACGGAAGCGGCCGAUCUGCAGAGGAAACUGGAGAUGCUGAACAACAUGAUGGACCAGGAAGCAAGGGUCGAACAGGCACGCCGACAGAUAUUGUACAAUAUAGGCCACUCCGGUUAUUCGGAGGAUUCCGACUACACGUCGGACCUGAAUUAUCCAGUUGGCGGACAAGGGCCCAACAGCUCGGCUUCCCAGUUUCGUAGCGCGGCGAAUCAAUUGACUACUCCUCAGAGGUCUCUCGAAACCUCCAGGGAAAACAGUUACGAGAGGGACGAUCAUCAGAUUCCAACGACGGUUGGUGGACGAUUAGCUAGCGGUAGUUAUGGCGGUGGUUAUGGGAGUCAAAGUCAUAGUCCGAGAUACGACGAGCCUUAUCCCGAGGAAGGUCCUCCUCAACGAUAUGCUCAACAGCAUACUUCAGAAACUUCCGAGCCACUAUUCUACAAUAGUAGACCGAGACAUUAUAAAGAAUACAGAAGACGGAAGCACACAUGGGAUUACGAGGACAGUCAAGAUGGUUGGUACAGCGAGGGCUACGAUUAUUAUGGUACGCGAUUCGACGAUACGAGAAUCUAUAGCGAUACCGAAUAUUAUCCAAGUUCAACGACAACCUCGUCGAGAAGAAGAGGUCCUCACAGACGGCCGUCCUUGGAAAGACAAACGACUCUCUAUGACGAUCAUUCUUACUUUACCGAUGGCUAUAGCAGUGAUGGUAGAACGAGCAAAAUAAACGCCACUUAUCCGGAAUCUCAAACGGACAUAAGGUAUAACGAAUACUACGACACUAUCGCGGGAUACGUGUAUCAAGAUGAAAGGUAUGGUCAGGAUGACGAGGACAGACAAUGGGAUAGCGGAGGGAAGUUGUACUUGGGUACUAGCACUUAUUACGAGAAUAAACAAAAUAGAAAAACGCUCCCGCAAAGGCCUGCGUCGAGCAUCGGUAUUCAUCGACCCGAUUACACGUCAACAGUCAUCAGGCAACGUAGUUGCGAAUCGGAUGAAUUGGAUCACAGCAGUUACACUCGUCGUAGAAAAGCACUGCAACCGCAACAACGUCCAAUGUCUCGUCAGGAAGGAACCGGUAAGAAACUACCUCCUACACCGACCAAACCGAGCAACGUCGUAGUUGGCCGUAAACUCGUCUCUCUACCUGCUACCCCGAGCAGGCAACUGCCAAAGACUAGAACGUCCUCCGAGGAAAGUUAUUACAAAUAUGAUUACAACGAGGACUAUAAUUACGCUUAUCGCAGUCAGGAUAAUUUGCCGCAAGACACGUCUUACUCAGUGAAUUUGUACGCUACGCAACAGGAUGUUCUCGUCGAUCAAGCGCAUAUUUCUGGCAAAAAUCGUUAUACCGAAAUUAGUCAGGACAAUCAAUAUGCGACCAGUUACGAGAGUCAGUUAGACGAUCCUUACGCGUAUCAACAAGAUUCGCAGACACAAGAUAUCUACGAUCAAUCAUACGUGCAAAAUUCAUCGUAUAAGGAUGAGUAUCAAGAAUCUUACGUACAAGACAAAAAUGUAGAUAUUUAUCAAAAAACGUACGAGGACACGAUAUAUCCUGAUGCGAGCCAAGCUAACGACCAAUACACAGUUUUACCUAACGAUCAGUAUACGAAUUUUUCGAAUGAUCAGUACGACAAGGGUCAAGACAUGAUUAUCGAAAAUAAUUAUCCUGUUGAAAAUUAUGAUCGGAAUAACGUACAAUAUCAAGAGACAUAUAGUCAAGAUGAAAUUUAUCAAAAACAGUACAGCGAUUACGUUCCUUCGAGCGUCUACGACCAGAAUAACGUAUCGAAUACUUACAAUCAAUAUCAGCAGUACGAUUCCGAUUAUAAUAUCAACACAUCUACAGAUUAUCAAAAUACUUAUCAAGAUAAUACACACAAUGAAGUGCCUGUUACGACUCAAGAUAAUUAUCAGGAUGCUUAUAUUAAGCAAGAUCAAGACAAUUAUACAAAUUACGAGGUUCCUUAUACAAAAGAGGAUACUGUAUCGUCGACCUAUCCAAAUGAUUAUCAAAAUCAAUACGAAAAUUAUCAAGAGGAACGAUACGAUGAUACAACUUAUCCUGAUUCUUACCAAGAAUCAUCCUAUCAAGAUUCUUAUCACGAUUCUUACGAGGAACGUUAUAAAGAAAGUCCAGUGACUGUUACGGAAAGGAGACAAAGUGAAGUACCUGAAGUAUCCGUAACUACGCCUAAGGGUCAGACUAAAACAAACGGUUAUCCGUCUAGCGAAUCGGAAUAUUUGCAUUCUAAUCAAGAAACCGAACAAGUUUCGCAAGUAGGUGCGUCGAGGAGAAAGAAACUCGGUAAGCGCGAGGCCAGUCCACUUUUGCAACAAAACACGGACUCGCUGGAAUCGAGGGAUGACGAAUUAAAGGAUUCAUUUGAAACAGCUAUAAGUUCCGUCGAAAGUAGUCAACCUAGAAAAGCUCUUAGCGAGUAUUCCACUGCGGGAGAUUCUAGUCCUGCGGCAACAACUAUAGUUGAUUCGCCUCAGAGUACGACUCAGCCACCUACAAGCAUGGUCAAUCACGUAGCUAGUGUAGAAAAUCAUGUUAGCAGUAGUAGUAUUAUCACAGUUACAGCGACAGUUCAUUCAACCUCUACUACGGCAAAUGGCAAACGAUUUUCUCGAACAGACUCAUAUCAGGAAGAAACAAUUGAGGACGAGGAACAUCCUGAAAUCAUUCCCACAGAACUUCAGAGAAAGGAUUCUCAAUUAUCUUAUCAGAGUCAAAUCAGUCAACAUUCGAGUACUCAUUCGCAAAAACCAAAACUCACAAGAGGCGAUUCUUACGCUUCUGAUCAUUUCCCCGAAGAGUCAUACGAUAGAAGAGGAUCUUAUGUUCAAUCUACCAGAAAAGAUUCCAUUUCUUCAACCACACAAGAAGCAUUCAAACCGCCUCUAACCAGAACCGAUUCAUAUCAAAGCAGAGGGUCUGGUUAUGCACAAAAUUUCAACGCUCCUCAAGCAAUUUCCAGAGCUGAGAGUUAUCAGAGAGGUUAUUUCAAGGAUCAAGAAACGAUAGACGAGACCGACAUUACUUUGAGCAAUCAAUUGAACGGAGGGUACAAAAUGAGGGACGAAACUCUUGAAAGGUACGAACACGGAGAGGAAGCAAUGAUUCGUAGCUCUCGAGAGAAUUCAUUGGUCGACGCGUACAAGACGACUCCACCAUUGUCGCAAACGGAGAGUCCGCGCGGUAGUAUAACGAAGCAAGCAUCGUUGGAGGAGAGCGUUCAAAUGGAUACUCCGCCGCGAAGUCCACCAGAACCACCACCCGAUCAGGAACUUUUAGAGAUGGUCGGUGCUGUACCUGUUCCAACCCAACUCAAAGAAAGACCGGAAAUAAAGAUGACACCUCGACAACGUUGGCACUGGGCCUACAAUAAGAUCAUCAUAUCAUUGAACAACGCAAGCGGACAAGGAGGUGAAUCUGGUGGACGAGCUAACGGACAUCCGGGUGAUAAUCCUUUCUACAGCAACAUUGACAGUAUGCCGGAUAUUCGUCCUCGACGGAAGUCAAUACCAUUGGUCUCCGAGCUGGUCUUGAAGACAAUGGCGGCGACGAAGAGGAACGCCGCAGGGCUAACAUCAGCGGUGCCAAGGGCUACGCUGAACGACGAGGAACUGAAGAUGCACGUCUACAAGAAAACGCUGCAAGCUAUGAUCUACCCAAUCUCGUCUACGACGCCUCACAAUUUCGUCACCUGGACUGCAACCUCACCUACUUACUGUUACGAAUGCGAGGGUCUUCUUUGGGGUAUUGCGCGUCAGGGUGUUAGAUGCAUGGAAUGCGGCGUUAAGUGUCACGAAAAGUGCAAGGAUUUGCUUAAUGCUGACUGCUUGCAAAGAGCCGCGGAAAAGAGUUCGAAGCACGGUGCAGAGGAUAAAGCGAAUAGCAUAAUCACAGCAAUGAAGGAAAGGAUGAAGCAAAGGGAGAUGGAAAAACCAGAAAUCUUCGAACUCAUCCGCACGACGUUUUCAGUCGACCCGGAUACCCACAUAGACAGUCUCGAACAGGCCGAACAGAUCGUCCUUGAGGGUACCAGCAAGUGGUCCUGCAAGAUCGCCAUCACAGUGAUCUGCGCUCAAGGAUUGAUUGCCAAAGAUAAAAGUGGUACGUCAGAUCCGUACGUAACGGUUCAGGUCGGUAAGGUGAAGAAACGAACGAGAACGAUGCCGCGUGAACUCAAUCCGGUCUGGCACGAAAAGUUUUACUUCGAGUGUCACAAUUCGUCCGAUCGAAUAAAGGUUCGCGUAUGGGAUGAGGACAACGAUUUGAAAUCGAAACUACGACAAAAACUUACACGUGAAAGCGACGAUUUUCUUGGACAAACGAUCAUCGAGGUUAGAACUUUAAGCGGUGAGAUGGACGUCUGGUACAAUCUGGAAAAGAGAACGGACAAGAGUGCGGUAUCAGGUGCCAUCAGGUUGCAUAUAAGCGUAGAAAUCAAAGGCGAGGAAAAAGUUGCACCGUAUCACGUACAAUACACCUGUCUGCACGAAAACCUCUUUCAUAGUCUUUGCGAGGAAAACGCCGGAAUGGUUAGCCUACCACAAGCAAAAGGCGAGGAUGCCUGGAAGAUAUACUUUGAUCCACCUGGCGAAGAACUCGUUGACGAGUUUGCCAUGCGAUACGGCAUCGAAAGCAUCUACCAAGCUAUGACACAUUUCCACUGCCUCUCGACAAAGUACCUGUGCCCUGGGGUCCCCGCGGUAAUGUCGACCCUUUUGGCCAACAUAAACGCCUAUUAUGCUCACACAACCGCUAGCUCAGCAGUUUCUGCUAGCGAUAGAUUCGCUGCUAGUAAUUUUGGGAAAGAAAAAUUCGUUAAAUUGUUGGACCAGCUUCACAAUUCUUUGAGGAUCGAUCUCUCGUCGUACAGAAAUAAUUUCCCAGCUUCGAGCCAGGAAAAAUUGAUGGAUCUUAAAAGCACGGUCGACCUUUUGACGAGCAUUACGUUCUUCCGUAUGAAGGUGCAAGAAUUGUCGAGUCCACCUCGUGCAAGCACAGUCGUCAAGGAUUGCGUGAAAGCUUGUCUGCGUUCGACCUAUCAGUUCCUCUUCGAACAUUGCUACGAGCUUUAUAGCAGAGAAUUCCAGGCUGAUCCGAACGAACCGAAGAAGGAUCCGGAGGAUCACGGACCACGAAGGGACUCUCUCGACUUUUGGCACAAGCUCAUUGCUCUGAUCGUUUCGGUGAUCGAGGAGGACAAGAACAGCUAUGCGCCCGUGUUAAAUCAAUUCCCCCAGGAGUUGAACAUCGGUCAACUAUCGGCAGCCACGAUGUGGUCUUUGUUCGCAGUCGACAUGAAGUACGCCCUGGAGGAUCACGAGCAGCAUAGACUGUGCAAGUCCUCGGCCUAUAUGAAUCUUCACUUUAAAGUCAAAUGGUUGUACACAAAUUAUGUCAAAGACGUGCCACCUUACAAGGGUGCCGUGCCAGAAUAUCCUGCCUGGUUCGAACCGUUUGUCAUGCAGUGGCUCAACGAGAACGACGACGUAUCCUUGGAAUACUUACACGGUGCCUUCACUAGAGACAAAAAGGAUGGGUUCCAAAAGAGCAGCGAACAUGCUCUCUUCAGCGUAUCGGUUGUCGACGUGUUCACACAACUCACUCAGUGCUUCGACGUUGUCUCGAAACUCGAAUGUCCCGAUCCGGAGAUUUGGAAGAGGUACAUGAAGAGAUUCGCUAAGACUAUAGUCAAGGUUCUGGUAGCUUACGCUGACAUUGUCAAAAUGGAGUUCCCCAGUCACUUGAAAGAGGAACGAAUCGCUUGCAUCCUUAUGAACAAUAUCCAACAACUGCGAGUACAGCUCGAAAAGAUGUUCGAAUCGAUGGGCGGCGAGAAACUGGAAGAUGACGCAGCAGAAAUUUUGAAUGAACUUCAGCAGCAACUCAAUAGCGCUUUGGACGACCUGGCGAUGCUUUUUGCAAAGAGUCUCGAGCCACGUAUAACUGCCUCGGUUCGAGAACUGUCAGAUCUCCUUUUGGCCAUCAAAGGUGGUGGUCAGGUGAAUUUGUCUCAAGCGCAACAAAGAAACAAUGUUACUGUAGAAGCUGACGAGGUGUUAAGGCCUUUAAUGGUUCUUCUCGAUGGAAGUCUUUCCCUCUAUGCCGAAUCCUGCGAGAAAACGGUACUUAAGAGAUUGUUAAAAGAACUUUGGAAGAUUGUCAUGAGAAUUCUCGAAAAGACUGUAGUCUUACCACCCAUGACGGAUAAAAGCAUGAUGUUCAAGAAUCUCACGGAUAACGCGAAGAGUCUUGCAGCUAAUGCCAAGAUAGAAGACAUGUCCAAGUUGUUUAAAAAUCACAUGGCUGGAAAGCCGGAUGUCAAGAACGCUCUCAGCGGUGUCAUGGAUAUCUCGAAAGAGGUGGAAAAGAAUCUUUCGCCAAAACAAUGCGCAGUAUUGGAUGUUGCUCUCGAUACCAUCAAACAAUAUUUCCAUGCUGGCGGUAAUGGUUUGAAAAAAGCCUUCCUCGAAAAGUCAUCGGAAUUACAGAGUCUCAGAUACGCUCUCAGUCUGUACACACAGACAACAGACACUCUCAUCAAAACCUUCGUCACGUCUCAAAUAAAUCAAGUGCCGCUGAACGAUGCGUCAACGCUACGUCAGCGUCAGCGUUCGAUGAGCAGCGAAAGAGGUGACGAAGGGGAAGGAGCCGAGGGUAUGGAAAGCCUCGAGGAACCCCUUCGCCAAAGCAAGCCCUCUCUCCGUCGAGAGAGUCGUCAAGUUCCAGAAACAGCUGGCACUGACGAGGGUUCCGUUGGAGAAGUUAGCAUCCAAGUGGACCUAUUCACUCAUCCUGGAACCGGUGAUCAAAAGGUUACGGUGAAAGUUGUUGCCGCAAACGAUUUGAAAUGGCAAUUAGCUACGGGAAUGUUUAGGCCAUACGUCGAAGUCAAUUUAAUUGGUCCACAUUUAACCGGCAAAAAGAGAAAACAAUCGACCAAAUCUAAGAGCAAUAAUUGGUCGCCGCAAUUCAACGAAAGUUUUGACUUCAUGAUCGGUAACGAGCAACAACAAUUGGACUUUUACGAGCUUCACAUAUGCGUGAAGGAUUAUUGUUUUGCGAGAGAGGAUAGACUGGUCGGUGUAGCAGUGAUGCAAGUAAAGGAUAUCGUCGAAGAAGGUUCCUGUGCAUGUUGGCUGUCACUCGGCAAACGAAUUCAAAUGGACGAAACCGGUUGGACAAUUUUACGAAUUUUAUCGCAAAGGAACAACGACGAGAUAGCCAAAGAAUUUGUUAAACUUAAGAGCGAUAUCAGGCAGGAAACACCGCUACCAAAUCCCACCUGAGACGGUGAACCGUCGACACAAUAAAAACUCGACAGCUAUGCGAUACUACAUUGUCCUUUGAGCUUGGAAAGAGCUCCAAGGUAUGCCUAUGGUGGACAAGUUUUUGCCUGACGAAAAUGGAGAACCAAGAUGAAUUAAGAUUGGAUGGAACAAAAAUAAAGUUCACACUUUGGUGCCAAUACAACAGCAAUAUCGAUGAAUCAAGAAAAUCCCUGCUGAAAAGAGGCGAACGCGCAAGAUAAGAACCGAUCGACUCUAAAAAGGGCGCAACGACAAUUUCGAUUGUUUGUUACUCGAAGCCCUUUAUUUUUUCACGGACGACCGAUCGAAUCCCUUUCGCUUUGAUAUUUUAAGGAAUUUAUGGAAACAACGAUUCCUAUUCCUUCAUGCGAAAGGGAUCCGAACGAAACACCGUAUCUCUUCUCCCUUUUUUACGAGUCACACGUGCUACGUUAUAUACACCACACAUGCCACACGUACACACAUACACACAAAAAGACACAUAUACAGAUACAUACAUUCACUGACGGAGUUAAGUGUUAUCGCCCAUAAAAAAGAAAAAAAAUACAGAGCUCGACCAACGUUCUUUCGGCUCGUCAAAAAAGAAAAUAUAUCUAAGACAACAAGGGGACGAUUUCUGCCGUCCUUUUUGGAAAUGAAUUAAACUACGAGCUUGACAGAGACUGAAAAAUUACCCUGACGACUACGAUGACGAUGACAAAAGACGAAGACGUAGACAUAUUAUAAAAUGACAUCAUCUGUAAAAAGCGAAACGUCAUCAAUGGAUAAAGAAAAAGAAUCCUUGAAGAUUCUUUCAUUUGUCCACCGUGUAUCGCGAGAAAAGAGAAAAAUUAAAUUAAAGUACGUACGAAUCGGCAAGAGUGGAAACAGUGAAAACAGUGCUGCCAGUAUGCAAUAUAUUUGCUAAAUAUUCGUUAUGUAAAUGGGAGCAAGGAAAUAGAAAGAAAAUGAUGAAAAAAAAGGGAGAGAGCAUUAAGAAAAAAAGAAAUCAUAGGAAAAGACAUAAAAGACUGAAAGAUGAGCGCGUGACAACGGACAAAAACACAUUUAGUAUAGUAAAGUAAAAAAAAAAAAAAAAAAAAAAAAA